GACAGGGACACACACUCACAGUUUGGCUUUAGUGUGCGGGACUGUGAAGAUCAGGGAAGAUCAAACUACCAACUGUAGGUUGACCCCUGAGUCUCCGUGUCUCCCCUUCAAGGAUACAGGUUACGCAGUAGGGACGCCAUCUCAGUCCUCCGGACCUCUGCCAGCCGAAAUGUCACAGUUCUGUACGAUGCCAGCCGGAGAGAGGAAGAAGUGCGCAGCAGCUAUUUGCCGAGAGGUCCAUGGUACCAAUGGGGACACCAUUGAUCUUGGGAAGAAGCUGAGCGCCCCGAAAGACAUCAUGUUGGAGGAGCUGUCGUUGCUUUCCAACAGAGGCUCUCGUCUUUUUAAGAUGCGCGGGAGGAGAUCCGACAAAUACACGUUUGAAAGCAUCCAAAAUGAGGCAAACACACAACUAAAUAAUGAUAUUUUAGUGGCCAACGCACACACUGUGGAAAUCAAAGUGGACGCACCCGACCAUGAAGGAAGUGCUGGUGACGCAGAAAACUCAAAAUCAGAAGCAGAAAAGUCAGAGGUCACAGUCCUGCACAAGUGCUACCACUCUCCAUGGGAGCAAGCAAUCCUCAGUGACCCCGACCUUGCUGAGUCUCUCAAACUAGCAAUGGCUGGACUGGACCCAAGAUCAGAGCUUCCCGAAUACAAAUCCUUCAACCGGGUUGCCACUCCUUAUGGUGGCUUUGACAAAGCUCCCAGAGGAAUCACGUUCAAACUCCCGGAGAUAGACCUGAGCCUGCUCAGAUACCCAGAGCUCCAGGAGCCGGGGGUAAAGCGGCCCACCUUCAACAGGACAGCCCAGGGAUGGAUAACCGAGGGCACCCAUCUGAUCCUACCCACAAUUACCCUGGAGCCCGUUGAAGUCCCAGAGUCUGAAGAUCUGUAGACGUAACCUGGCUGUAGUAUCUUAGCCUCGGCCUGCCAUGACAACUUAACACUGAAUUAGUAGCACAGUGGCAAACCCUCACAGUGAUUUUGCAUUGGAAUCAUAAACUGUAGACAAAGAUGGACGACAUGAUCGCUACUCAAAAGUCUAGUUUGCUGUCCUAUGCCUGAUUGCAUUAUAAGUCAUAAAUCCUGCUUCAUCCAUGUCAGAGAGUGGGAAAUGGGCAAAACUACAAAGUCAAAGUCAAAAUCAAAUAAAUGGUUACGAAUGUUUCUGUUGUUUUAGGCAGUUUAUCACCACAUUGGUGUGUAGUCAAUUGUUCAUUUUAUUAGUAGAAUAUGGUUUUAAUUCUUUUCAAUGUUAUAAAAAAGGGGGGGGAAAUAUCAUGGUCGAUAGCAGAGACAGACUCAUGAUUGGUCAAGCAUGUGUAUUGGCAGAAUAUCCCCUGAUGACUGCUGCGUAGACACUGAUCCAAAAUGCAAACAAUUGCAGUUUUCAUAUCAAAGAUAUUUUUUAUUCAUUACUGGACAGUGGGAGGAAGUGGAGACACGUCGUCCAUCUUUCUAUGGUGCUGUGCUUUUAUUUCUAAGUUGACCAGUAUGUAUUUGCUGUCCAAAAAAAAUCAUGUAAAUAGCAAAGUGAAUGUGCUAUACAUAAUUCAAGAUAUUCAAUGUUUCCAAGGAUACUGAAAACCCCACUGUAAAUUUUUAUCAAUUUUCAAACGAGAACAUUAAGAUGUAAUGUAAAUAAAGAAUGCAAACUUAUUUAUUGAUGGCACAAAAUUAAAGCUGGAACAUGCAGUAAGAUAUAUUCUUUUAAUAUGUUUCAUUAUAUAAGAACAUAUAUAUAAACUGGAUGUGAGAGACAGCUGGGAAACUGCAGGGAGGAGAUCUGGCCAGAUUGAAUUCAAGGCCAGUGGGGACAGAUAUCCCAUGACUUUCAUUCAAAACCUUGCACUCCAAAGUAUUUGCAUACCAUCAUGAUAGAAUAGUAUCCACAGACUGACAUGAGUAAUCCACCAAGUCAGAUGAAGUCAAUGCAAUUGAUUGUAUUGUUUCAGCUGUUACAAUGCUUUUUCAAAACAAUAUGUCAAUUUUUAACCUAUGAAUGAAU